AUGUCAAAUCGUUACGAGACCAUUCGAGUAGCUGGAAGAGGUGCUUUUGGAACUGUUAUUGUGGCAAAAGAUAGUUUUGUGAGUUAAAUAUUCUUUUCAUGGAAAAUUUAUUCAAUUACAAUGUUUAGACUAAAAGACGAGUGGCGAUCAAACGUAUAAUAAUCCAAAAUGUCUCAAAAAUUCAACUUUCUCGAGAAAUCAGUGCAAUUCGAUGUUUGGCGCCUCAUCCGAAUGUAAGAUUUUUCGAAAGCACACCAUUUUCAUGAAGCUUUUUUUGCAGAUUCUAAAAUAUAUUGAUUGUUUUGCUCAAUCUGAUUUAGUUUCAAUUGUCACCGAAGAAGUUCCAUAUACAUUAGCCAACAUUAUUGAUGAUAAAAAACGGCCGAGAACUGAACAAUUUUGCAGGUUAUCUAAAUUUUUCUUGAUAAUUCGAAGAACGAAUUGUUUUUUCAGAUGGUUUUAUUCUCAAAUACUUUGUGGUAUUUCGCAUAUGCAUUCGAAAGAUAUCAUGCAUCGUGUUAGUAACAAAAGAGGAUUACAAAAAUAAUUCAGACUUCUUGCAGGAUAUGAAACCGGAGAAUAUUCUUGUUACUUCUGCAAAUAUUAUCAAAAUUGCGGAUUUUGGUCAAGCUUGUAUUUACAGAAAAGAGAAUCUUGAAGAGGAAUACGAUGUUAAUGUGAGUUUCGAACAAUGUUUUAUCUAGAACUUUGAAAAAAAAAAUAUUUAUCAAAUUUGGGAGCUGUUCCAAGACUUAAAAAAAAGAAUCUCAAAAGAGCUUUUACAGUUCCAAAUUUUAAUAAAAAAAUAGAGUUUUAAUUGGGAACUUACAGAAUUUUCUCACUGAAAAUUAAACAUUUUUAGACUUCAAGAUUUGGAAGUUGUUAUGAAAUUCCUGAAAAAUUCGAAUCAGAAAAAUAUGCGAACAAAAAUGUUUAAAAAAUACUCUUCUGUCUAGAUAGCCUAAACUUCCCGAAUCUGAAACGUCCCAUAUAUUAGUCUAUAUCUUCCAACCUGUCACUUAUCCAGCUUCCUCUAUUAUUUUUGCCACUCAUCAACUUCAACCUGCUUUUCUUCUACAUAUUAUAUCCUUCUUCUUCUUUUUCUAUUUUUUCAUGUGUGCUCCGAGCUCUACAUCAUUUUGUGAGCAAGAUUGAUGAUUACAUGAAAAUCGGUCGACUCUCAGCUGUCCUUUGAAAAACGCGUGUGUGAUUAAUUGUUAUGAGUUUGGGUUGCCCCGGGUUAGGCAAAAAAAAAACAAGAGAGAAACGAUUACACAAAAUAUUUUAUUUUAUUAAAACUAAUUUUCAGAAGAACAAAUUGAUAUGAGAGAUAGAAAGAGAUUCUCAAAAGAACAUAAGUGGAUACGAAAUUUCAGGUUGCAACUCGAUGGUAUCGCGCUCCGGAAAUCCUUUUCUCUUAUACAAAAUACACCCCUUUGGUGGAUAUUUGGGCAAUUGGGUGUAUUUUAGCAGAAUUAUUUCGAGGAAAACCGUUAUUUCCUGGAAGAAGUGAACUCGAACAAAUCUCAAUUAUUUUUGGAAUUCUUGGAACACCAAAUGAAACAAAUUGGCCAAAUUGGAAAACGAUGCCUGAUGCCAAUAAAUUGUUAUUUGAGCCAAAAACAGCAAGAGCUGAUUGGACUGAUGUUUGUGAGUUUGAUCUUAAUUUUACAAAUUAAAUUUAUAAUUCCAAUUUUCCAGUAAAAAUGAAAGAAUUAUCGACAGAAUUUGAUAAUUUUCUACGCCUUCAUCUUCAACUUUGCUCAUCUUUUCGGCCGUCAGCCAAUGUUCUUUUGAAUCAUUGUUGGAUCAAAAAUAACGAUUGCGAACGUCCGAAUUAUCGUGUGCCUUUUCGUAAAAUGUCGGAGAAAAAACGAGAACUUCUUCCGCCUCUUCAUGUUUUUUUAUGA